CUGUAUUCGUGCGUCCGGGACGUGUGUUGGAUCGUCCUCCGGUACCUGAACGCAGCGCAGGGGAGGAGCGCGCAGACGAGCGGCCGGAGGAGCGUGAACGCGCACCGGGGCAGCCUCUCAAACAUGUCCGGGACUCCCAGCGCAUCCACGACCCUCCAGUCUGGCAAAAUGAAAAAGGACGAGUCCUUUCUCGGGAAGCUGGGCGGCACCUUGGUCCGGAAGAAAAGAUCCAAAGAAGUGAGUGAUCUCCAUGAAGAGGGAAAGAAUGCCAUCAAUGCACCCAUGCUGCCUUCUGGAACAGACAUCCAUCCAGAGGACACUCUGCUGGAAGAAAAUGCUGAAAGGCUGAUGUUGGACCCAACUUCUCGUGAAAAUCUUAAGUUCAAAGAUCUUUUAAAGGUCCUGAUUGACUGGAUCAACAGCGAGUUGGAAGAGGAAAGGAUCAUAGUCAAAGACCUGGAGGAGGACUGCUAUGAUGGACAAGUGCUUCAGAAAUUAUUUGAAAAGUUGUCGGGCAGGAAGCUCAACGUGGCCGAGGUGACCCAGUCAGAGAUCGGCCAGAAACAGAAGCUCCAGACAGUUUUGGAGGCGGUCAAUGACCUGCUGAGGCCUCAUGGCUGGACCAUUGAGUGGAGUGUUGACUCCAUCCAUUCGAAGAAUCUGGUGGCUAUUGUUUACCUGCUGGUGGCCCUCGCUAUGCACUUCCAGGCCCCCAUCAGACUACCCGAACACGUGUCUGUGCAGGUGGUGGUGGUGAAGAAACGUGAAGGCAUCCUGCAGACCGUCGUUGUGACCAAAGAGCUGACCAGUUCCACAGAAAUGAUGAUUGGAAGAUUUGAGAGGGAUGCGUUUGACACUUUGCUGGAUCAUGCACCAGACAAGCUCAAUGUGGUAAAAACGUCACUCAUCACCUUUGUGAACAAACAUCUGAACAAACUCAACUUGGAAGUAACUGAGCUGGAAUCUCAGUUUGCUGACGGGGUAUACUUGAUUUUACUGAUGGGGCUGCUGGAAGAUUACUUUGUCCCACUGUACAACUUCUUUCUCACCCCUGAGAACUUUGAGCAGAAGGUCCACAAUGUUGCAUUUGCCUUUGAGCUGAUGCAGGAUGGAGGUUUGAAGAAACCCAAAGCCAGACCAGAAGAUGUCGUCAACCUGAACCUCAAGUCAACCCUCAGAGUUCUCUACAACCUGUUCACCAACUACAAAAACUCUGACUGAACUUUACCUUUCCCCGUUCUACACCCUGAUUUGACUCUGAUCUGGCCCUGUGCUGACAGAACUACGGUCUGGACACUGGAAAACCACCAGAGACUGAAAGACAUCGUUAUGUGCAACUUUAAAAGAUCCUUGGUGGCCCGGCUAUAUUAAGGCUCAGAAUGUUCAUGUUUAAAUGGCUCCAAAUGUCAGUAUUUAUUUAUUCCAGGCUUGGAAAUGAUCCGCUAUGCAGGGAGCACUGUGACCUUUCGCUCUGCAUUUGAAUACAGCCAUCAUGGCAAAAUUGUUAAGUUAGAAUACGUUUGUAUGUUAAAAUGAACUAAUUACUCUGCAUUGCUGAAUUAUUCUGGAACAAUGCUGUUACAACGGUAGAGAAUCUCGGUUGGCUUUUUAGAAUUUAGAGGAAAAACAUAAAUAUUUUUGGGAAACAUGCUUUCCAGAAAAGACCUGAGGCAAAUUACAAAUAAAAACUAAAUGCAAUGAUCUUAAGGUAAUUAAAUUUCCAUAUUUA